AUGGCCGCGUCGUCCAGCGCCGACGCUAGCCGCGCUCCUGACGCCGUACCGCCGCCAGUACCGCCGCCAGUACCACCUCGUCGACGACGUGCUUUACUUUCUACGCCAUCCUAUCGACCCAUGCGCGCGUCGGAACCGCCGUCUCGAGCGCGCGUGCGGAGUAUCCGGAUACCCACCAAGGUCCAUCCGGAUAUGCUCGUCCCCUACCUCUACAGCGACCGACCAUACAAACGCAGUGUCAAUUCCAUUGGCCACGCCACGCAGUGCACGAUCGACUACUGCGCCCUGUCGCCCCAGGAGCUCGAGCUGUCGCUGGAACAAGGGUUUGGGCUGGACUUUCUCGUCUCGGGCUGUUCUCGUCGUGCCCUCGACGCUGCUACGAGCCAAUUACAGACGUUGGUUGAGCGUGUGCAGCAGUAUUUGUUACAAAAGACAGGGGCUACAGGAGGACAAGAGGGCGGAGCGGUUGAAGGAGCCAGUGAAGUUGACGAAGAGAGGGCGCUAAGGGUGGAGACGGGUCGGGACGAGCACUGGAGAGACGGUGGUGUGGACGGAGGUGGGCGCCGUUUAUUGUAUGACGCUGCAGCGUCGCGCGCUCCAGUGGAGUUUCCAGGGCGAGGGAAUCAUUGGGAACGAGUGGAAGCUCGGACACGGAAUCAGGUGGAGGCGAUGGAGGUGGAGGAGAAGACAGAAGAGUGGGAGAGGAGGAGGAGGAGGAGGAAGCAGGGGGUGGAGAGACAUUCGACGAUGGCCGCAGGUGGAGAUGAUGAUGAGGAGGAGGAGGAUGAUGACGGUGGUGGUGCUUGUUUUGUACAGCACCGCGAUCAGGCGUGGCCGUACAGUGGAAGUCGCGGUCGUGUGCGACGGGAUGGCAUGGAUUCGGUUCGAUAUGUGCCGAGAAAACACUUGCGAGAGAGGCGUGAUGAGGAUGGAGGGUAUGCAGCGUACGCUGUUGCUCCUGCUGUGAAUGGCAGUGGACAGUCUUUUCGGAUGCUGCGUCAUCAGCAGAACGUGCGUUUGUAUCAAGGACCACCGGAACAGUUUGAACGCGCAGAGUUCAGUCGGUAUGGUGGCGGUCGGCUGGAAAGCGACAACGAUGCAGAUAUUGAAGUACAUGAAGAGGCAAACGAGUCUAUGGAUGCGAAUGCGCGAUUUUACGAUCGUGCAGCAUUGAUUCCAGAUCAGUUUCGAUCCAUGUACCAGCCGCAUCCUUGCCGAAGUUUGAAGCGUCCGUUAAGCAAAGUGCAAAGGAAUGGAGCUGUCACACCACCAAGUGUUUAUCGGAAACGGAUUCCGUAUGUGUAUGACUACGCCUAUGACAGCAGAGAAGAUGAUUGGAUGACUGAGGAGGAGGGAGUGGAUGAUGACUACGUGUACCCUCCGCAGCUUCGUCCCUUAGAUGUACCUGUUGUACGUCAGCAACGGCGCGUUGAAUGUAGAAGCUCAGGACAGUGGGCAAAUCCUGUUAAAAGUGCGCCCCAGCGAUUUCACAAACGACGUCGGGUUCCGCCCGAAAGAUUUUUCGCUGAUGAAGGGGUGACUGGUGCUUACAGUUACGGCAUGCGUAGUCGUGAGCAUACGUUUUCUCCUGUUGCAAAUGCUCGGACGGGUCAGCUGUACGACGUUGUAGCUGACGUUGGCAGUAGCGCUUUUCGUGAACGUUCGGACACUUAUGAACAAAUUCUAGCUGAGGAAGAAUCUACGGCCUCAAGCUCUAGUGCGGCUCAUACUGCUGACGACGUUCGAGCAGCCAAUAACGCUACUACGGCUGGUGAAGAGCCAGCCGACGCGUACGUAGAAAACGAGCCACAUAGUCCGACGAGAGAAACACAGUUGGAUCAACAAGAUUUGUUUGUGGAUGAAGAGGAGUUGCAAGCAACAACCGACAAUACUACUGCAGGUUGUCGACCAAGUCCAUGUACGUCUCAAAUGGAGACCGUGGCGCCGGAAAGUGCCGAAAAGACGGAGGACGGUACCGCAUCUGCAUUGUCACAGAAGCCGGCAGCACUGGGAGGUACCGAAAUGACAGAGGACGCGGUCGCAUUUGCACUGUCGCAGAAGCCGGUAGCGCUGGAAGGUGCUGAAAUGACGGAGGACGGUACCGCAUCUGCACUGCCACAGAAGCCGGUAGCACUGGAAGAUAUUAAAAUGUCAGAGGACGCGGUCGCAUUUGCACUGUCGCAGAAGCCGAUAGCGCUGGAAGGUACUGAAAUGACGGAGGACGGUACCGCAUCUGCACUGCUACAGAAGUCGGUAGUACUGGAAGGUACUGAAAUGACGGAGGACGCGACCGCAUUUACACUUUCGCAGAAGCCAGUUGCGCCGUCAAGCUCCCCAAGCCAUCUACUCCCUGUUUCGCACGAGACUGACUGUAGUGAGCUCGGUAACGACGUAUCUGCAGGACAUGAGGCUGAUCUAAGUGCGACCGGUCAUGACGUACCUGCGGGACAUGAGGCUGAUCUCAGUGCACUCGGUAGUGACAUAUGUGCUGAGCGUGAGAAUAGCCACACAAAUGUUGGCGACGGUGGUCGGCUUGACUCUGAUCCAAUUGUCCAAGUGCCGAUAUUUGUUGAAUCUACUGUGGGGCAGCAGUGUACUUUGAUCGAAGGCAGGCCCUUGCAGUCGGCGGGUGAAAGUGUUGUUACUGACACCAUAGGCAUGAACGACCAUGUCAUUGAAUCAUUGAAGCGACUUAGCGAAGCAGAAGCUGCUUUCGUGAUUGCAAAAAGACUACUAUCAACACAGGCUGCCAAACUGCGUCGAGUGGAGAGCAGAAGCAAUCGAUACCGCAGACUGAAAGUCUUGUGCGAUACGGUUUGCUAUCUAAAGUGUCAUGUCGGUUCUCAUUUACGUGGUACAAAUGCCUUUCACAACCAAGAUUUGCUAGACAGACUCGAGAGAUUUCUCGAACGUAUCACGAUACGAGAUGAGCAGACGCUCUACAGCAAAGUCGACGCGUUACAGGCUGAGUUGGAUGGCAUUCUUGCUGUCGUCAAACGUGUUGCAGAUGAUCGAGUGACCGAAGGCAAAAGACAAUCGAUCAAGCGCUCAGGUGCAGUGAACGACUCUACUGUGUUGUCAGUCUCGACUGAUAAGCACCGUGCCGAUAGUGAUGAUGCGCAUGGCACGACAUUGGAGGACGGUGACUGGCUAGACGUAGAAGUACCGUGUGACUUGGCGAGCAAAGCAGAUACGUUCGUGGCGCAAAACCUUUUAUCGAAAAGCAACCCGAAAUCAGGGGGCGGUCUCGUGAAAUUGGAAAAAGGGAUUGCGCCUUGUUGGCCUCGUGAGUUGCCUCUGUUCAUUCGGUCUAUGUUAUCCAGCAUAACCUCUUUUGAUCCUCAGUCGUACGUUAUGAGGGUGACACACAAGCAAUUGCUGGAUGAGAUUGCAAAGGGAGACCCGUACUACUAUCUGCAUCCGAAAGUCGUGCGUAAGGUUGAUGCAGCGUGUAUGCCGAUGCAAUCCUCGGCCUCGCCGGGCUGUGAAUUUGGAUGCCGAGGCGCGUCAGCGUUGAAAUGGAAGCAAAAGCUGGUAUCGCAAAUUAGUGCACGCAUGAAGAUGUUUGACGAAGUGGCGUAUUCGCUGGCUCGUAGCAGUGGAGGCAACGAAGUGCUAAACCGCAAGAAGAUGAACUCGAUAAUUCGCAAAUUGCAUCUCGUCGCUGUGCAGCUGCAUUCACUGAUGUCACAUCUGUAUUGCCUAAAGGGCUUAGCUACCUGCAAAGAGGUAGACUCGGUGCCAAUGGCGCUGAAUAAUGCUUAUUUUGAGCGAAAGAUGGGUGUGUACAAGUCAAGAUUGAAGCUUGUGGCUCCACACACAUAUCGGCAGCACUCCCGGCAACAGCAGCAGCAGCGGCAUCAAAACAGUCCGAGCGCCACAGAUGAGCUUUUGCGCGAUACGUAUGAGUUCUUGCCUGAACUGCUCCUUUGCGUUGAUAUUUGGGGGUACAACUAUCGUGAAAGUCCGGCUAAGCGGCACAACUGCAAGGAUUCGCAUAUUGCUGGGCCUGUUGGCUCAAAGGCAAUUUCGAUGGGCGCGAUGUUCCCGCUCGGUUACUUUCGUGAAGUGGAAAGUCUGACGUUUGACUUUGAGCACGAUGACAAUGGUCUGCUUCGUUCCGUCUGCGACGAACUGCUCAAUGUCGUAUGUUUAUGGAACGACUUCAAGUGGACCAAUAAUUUUGAGGCCAUGACAUCAGACCGGGUGAUGUCUUUUGAGUCGGAUGUGACUUCAAGCAUACUCAAGAUCUUUGAGCUCCAUGCCCACCAUCUGCAGGCGUUAUGGUCUGUGAGUCUACUUGAUGAGCCUGAACAGCUUUUGGGCGUUAACUUCACGCACCCUAAUGCGUAUUAUAGUGACCGUAGCCGGGGAAGUUUGAGUACGACUGCUUGCUCGCAGCCAGGAGCAGUAGGGUUGUCAACAAGUCCGGGCGAGACCUUAAAUAGCGACUUGUCAAGCGUGGACAAACAAAUGACAACUGAGAUUGUCGAGCAACGUCUCGCUGCGGACUAUUGGGAUCGAAAGGUCACUGCUUUAUCACUUCACAGCUCUAGCAAUUGUACAACGGAAGUGGAUGUCGACUCAGUGUCUUCUGAGUUACUCGAUGUUCAGGCAAUUUGUUCCUGGGACCGCCAGACUAGGAUAUCGAAUUCAUUGCGACUAAGCGAUGCAUACGCUAUUCGCAGCGAAAUAAAGGCGCUCUCAGCUGUCACGAACCAUAUGAUGAGGAACGAGGUACAAAACGUGAGACUCUCGAAUCGUGAUGUUACUAGCGAUGAUGACAUGGACCAGACAAUGGUGAAAUCAUCGUCAAGGCAGCUCCUUGCCGCGGUGGGCCGUGCUCAACUGAUUAUGCGGGAUGUGCUGAUUGGCUCCGAGAAGCUUGCUCUGCAUUCUGCAUCGAUUCAGCUUGUCGAUGAGGAAAAGCGCCAUGAAGCUACCGACCUAUCGGUAAGCGGAACAGAUCGAGCAGGACAGAAGGGGAGUCAUGUGCCUGUGCAAGAUGCGCCGUCACGCCGGGCUUCGGUGAAUCGCAGCAAUGGCAACGUAUGCUCCGAAGGUGCUGAUUCGGAAAGCACGUUCCGUAAUGAGGACACUGCUUCGGAAGAUUUGAAUAGACACGGCGGAGUCGACGCGAAUGCGGACGUUGGGCUUCUUGCCGAACAACCUGAGCUGCAGGACCUCGUCCGGUUAUUGGCUAUCACGAAACAAAGUGUACAGGAGCUGUGCAGUCGAAGACCUCGGUCUGCUCGUAUGCGUGAGAAGGUCCAGGUGCAGUCGUUGCAGCUCGCGCACCAAGCAGUCGAGAUUUUUCGGAACAUGAGGAACAUGUACGCGUCUCAGCGACGAUAA